CCCUCAAGGCUAAGCUAAUCAGAGUUCAUCAUGUCAGAGUUAAAAAGCUCAGAGUCAGUCCGGGUGGUGGUUCGCUGUCGGCCCAUGAAUGGCAAAGAAAAAGCUGCGUCCUAUGACAAGGUGGUAGAUGUGGAUGUGAAGCUGGGCCAGGUGUCUGUGAAGAACCCCAAAGGCACAUCCCACGAGAUGCCCAAGACCUUCACUUUUGAUGCGGUCUAUGAUUGGAACGCCAAGCAGUUUGAAUUAUAUGAUGAGACGUUCCGGCCACUUGUGGACUCUGUCCUGCAGGGCUUCAAUGGCACAAUUUUUGCCUAUGGACAAACGGGAACUGGGAAAACCUACACCAUGGAGGGAGUCCGGGGUGACCCUGAGAAAAGAGGGGUCAUCCCCAACUCAUUCGAUCACAUCUUCACCCACAUCUCUCGAUCGCAGAAUCAGCAGUACCUGGUCAGGGCGUCUUACUUAGAGAUCUAUCAGGAAGAGAUCCGAGACCUGCUCUCAAAGGAUCAGACCAAACGGCUGGAGCUCAAAGAGAGACCUGAUACUGGAGUGUACGUGAAGGACUUGUCCUCCUUCGUCACCAAGAGUGUGAAGGAGAUAGAGCACGUGAUGAACGUGGGGAACCAAAACCGCUCUGUUGGUGCUACCAACAUGAACGAGCACAGCUCACGGUCGCACGCCAUCUUUGUCAUCACAAUUGAAUGCAGCGAGGUGGGCCUGGAUGGGGAAAACCACAUCCGGGUGGGAAAACUGAACCUUGUGGAUCUUGCUGGCAGCGAGCGGCAAGCCAAGACUGGAGCCCAAGGGGAAAGACUGAAGGAAGCGACCAAGAUCAACCUGUCCCUUUCAGCCUUGGGUAACGUUAUCUCUGCCCUGGUAGAUGGCAAAAGUACUCAUAUUCCAUACAGAGACUCAAAGCUGACCAGGCUUCUCCAAGAUUCCCUUGGUGGCAAUGCCAAAACUGUGAUGGUAGCCAACGUGGGGCCUGCCUCUUACAAUGUAGAAGAGACCCUGACCACUUUGAGAUAUGCCAACCGUGCCAAAAACAUUAAGAACAAGCCAAGGGUUAACGAGGACCCAAAGGACGCUCUGCUUCGAGAAUUCCAAGAAGAAAUUGCUCGGCUCAAGGCCCAGCUGGAAAAACGUUCCAUUGGCAGGAGGAAGAGGCGAGAGAAGCGGAGGGAAGGUGGUGGCAGUGGUGGGUGUGGGGAGGAGGAGGAGGAGGAGGAAGGAGAAGAGGGUGAAGAGGAAGGGGAUGAUAAGGAUGAUUACUGGCGGGAACAGCAAGAAAAACUGGAGAUUGAGAAGCGGGCCAUUGUAGAGGACCACAGCUUGGUUGCAGAGGAGAAGAUGAGGCUGCUGAAGGAGAAGGAGAAAAAGAUGGAGGACCUGCGGCGGGAGAAGGAUGCUGCGGAGAUGCUGGGUGCCAAGAUCAAGGCCAUGGAGAGUAAGCUGCUUGUUGGAGGGAAAAAUAUAGUAGAUCAUACGAACGAGCAGCAGAAGAUCUUGGAGCAGAAACGCCAGGAGAUUGCAGAGCAGAAACGGCGAGAGAGGGAAAUCCAGCAGCAAAUGGAAAGUCGGGAUGAGGAGACCUUGGAACUGAAAGAGACUUACACCUCGUUGCAGCAGGAGGUAGACAUCAAGACCAAAAAGCUCAAAAAGCUCUUCUCCAGGCUCCAGGCCGUGAAGGCCGAGAUCCACGACCUCCAAGAAGAGCACAUCAAGGAGCGCCAGGAGCUGGAGCAGACACAGAAUGAGCUCACCAGGGAGCUCAAGCUCAAGCAUCUUAUUAUAGAAAACUUUAUUCCCUUGGAAGAGAAGAAUAAAAUUAUGAAUAGAUCCUUUUUUGAUGAAGAAGAAGACCAUUGGAAAUUACAUCCUAUAACCAGACUGGAGAACCAGCAGAUGGUGAAACGGCCAGUCUCUGCCGUGGGAUACAAGAGACCACUGUGCCAGCAUGCACAGAUGUCCAUGAUGACUCGACCCGAGCCCCGAUACAGGGCAGAGAACAUCAUGCUCUUGGAGUUAGAUAUGCCCAGCCGGACGACCAGGGACUAUGAGGGCCCAGCCAUUUCUCCCAGGGUCCAGGCUGCACUGGAUGCGGCUCUGCAGGAUGAAGAUGAGAUUCAGGUGGAUGCAUCAUCCUUUGAAAGCACUGCAAACAGAAAACCCAAGGCCAGGCCCAAGAGUGGCAGGAAAUCGGGAUCCACCUCUUCCUCCUUAGGAAACCCUGCAUCUCAGUUUUACCCACAGUCUCGGGGGCUGGUUCCCAAGUAACCCAGCAUCCCCUCCCAGGGUGGGACAGCAUUGUCUUCUGAGAGAAGAGCGCAUACAAUACAGCAGAGAUGACUUGAGCCUAAACUCAGAACCAUUCCCUCCCGAGGCGGAGUGCUGGCCUCUUUGCAGGUUAGCCGACAUAAUCUGCUGAAGAUGCUGGUCCUGCUCUGGCACUCAGUUCCUCUGGGAAGUGUCCUUUAAUUAGCAUCUCAGAAAUGCAUGGGUAAAAUAAAGUGCAAAGUCCACAUGGACAGCAAGAGAGUGACCGUGACCGUGCUUUCCUUCUGUCUCCCCUCCCCA